CGGCAGCUAGAAUGUGAUUAUUAAGAGCACGCCAACACGCCGCGUCUGCGUGUAUUACAAUUAGACAUUCAACACAGCAAGUGCCUUAAAAUAUACUGAUUUUCUUUACAUUAAUUUUAAAAAAACCCGUCUUCUGGGUCACGUGAGUCACAUGACGAGGGGAGGCUGGUGUUGUGUCACGUGACGUGCCGCUUCUCAAACAUGGCUCCAGACUCCUCGCAGUCAACACCGUCGCUCUCCUGCCGCAGCAGAUGACGCGGACAUGUUCUCCGCCCGAGUCCCCAUUUUGGCAGAAGUAAACAUUCUUUCAAACUCGCAACGCAAAGCCGCGCGACUCUCCUGCUGUUAGCAUCAGACGUGCUAACCCUUCCUGCUAGCUGUCAAGUGCUGCAAGUUGGCCGAGGACAUGUGUGAGAAAGAAAUACAUCUCCCCUCUAUGUGUGAAAGUCCAUGAGCAAGUUGUAUUCCUGCAGAGGCUCACCAUGGAUUGGCUGCUCGGCCAAGUGGAAAAAGACUUUGGGAUCGACCGAAGGCAGCUGGGCUCCGGGCCUCGACCCCGUGAACUUGUCGCCCUUGUGCCCGCCCGCUGGCUGACGGCCCUGAGAGAGAGGAAGCUCACGCGUCUUGCCUGUGUGGACAGCAUCAGCGAGGCGGAAAUUGGCACAUAUCUUCAGUGUUCACAGGCCAAGCCGCCCCCUGGCUGGACACGAGUCUGCAUACAGGGUUUGAGAAAAAGCAAGCUGGGCUACAGCCUGGUCAGAGACCCGUGUCUUCAACCAAAUGACUCCACGACAAAGGACUCCUACGUGAACACCAUGCAGCAGGUGUCACAGCACAAUGUCAGGAAUCUGUGGCGGGAAGCCCAUUCCAAACGUGUGCAGCCAUACGCCAGAGCCACAGAGCAGAUGCACGUUGCAGCCGUGGACGCAGUGAGACACGCACUGCAGAAGCUUUUUAACUCCACAUUCAUCUCAUGUGACAAAAUGUCCCAAUCCCUCUCUCCAGCCAGAGAGAAGGAGAAAGAAAACUUCUUGCCAUCCGCUCUUUCAAGUUCUGUAAAGCCCCACUCAGUGUGUCCCAAUGUUCUAACUGCGGAGUGUCUGCUGGAGACAACUGAGAUGCUGUACAUAGUUUUACCUUACAGUCAGUAUUCACUUUAUGACAUUGUCUCCUUCAGCCCAGCCAAGUUAGCCAAUAGUCAUGCCAAAGUUUUGUUCAUUCUGUACCAGUUGCUCACAGCCAUGCAGGCUUGUCACGCUGCAGGAUUGUCCUGUGGAGAUCUCUCCUUGCUGGAUGUUGCCGUUGACGAGAAGCUUUGCAGCCAUCUUAAACUCAACCUGGCCCAUUUUGAGGAACUGGGGACCAACAGGUCUGCAAGCGAUGACGUCCCCGCGAGGCAGAUGCCUAAAAGUGCCGUGACAAGCGGAAGCGCCUGUUCAAGUCAGAACCAACUGCUUUGCAAGGACUGCUUUGAUGACCUCAAGACUUUAGUUCUUGACUGGGUCCAUGGGCGGGUCAGUAACUAUCACUACUUGAUGGAACUCAACAAGUUAGCGGGACGGCGAGAAGGAGACCCAAAUUACCACCCGGUGCUGCCAUGGGUGGUUGAUUUUACUGUGCCGUUUGGAAAAUUCAGAGAUCUCAGAAGGUCCAAGUUCAGACUCAACAAAGGAGAUAAGCAGCUGGACUUCACCUAUGAGAUGACCAAAGAGGCUUUGGCAGCUGCAGUGGGAAAUGGAAUAGGUGGAGUUGGUGUAGCAGGAGACCUCAGUGGAUCUGUCAGUGCAGGUGGACCACAUUCAGACCACCUUCACGUACCUCAUCACAUAUCUGAUGUGCUCUCCGACAUUACAUACUAUGUAUACAAAGCUCGGCAGACACCUAAAUCUGUGCUGUGCAGCCAUGUGAGGUCCCAGUGGGAGCCCAAUGAGUACCCCUCCAGUAUGGAACGCAUGCAGAGUUGGACCCCUGAUGAGUGCAUUCCCGAGUUCUACACUGAUCCAUCUAUUUUCCGCUCAAUCCACCCUGACAUGCCAGACCUGGAUGUGCCUUCCUGGUGCAAGUCCUGUGAGGUGUUUAUCGAGGUCCAUCGGCGCCUCUUGGAAAGCAGGGAAGUGUCCCAGAACCUGCACCAUUGGAUAGACCUCACUUUUGGCUACAAUCUGUCGGGUAAAGAAGCAGUCAAAGCCAAGAAUGUGUGCUUGCACCUAGUAGAUAACCACACCAAUCUGACAACUUACGGUGUGGUCCAGUUGUUUGACCAGCCCCACCCGCCACGCUUAUCAGCUUCUCAGUAUGCUCCCGCCGAACCACCUUUUCUUGGCCUUGCUGCGCUUAAUGUGCCUUCUCUACAUAUCCCACAAAUCAACACCGUAUCUGACUCUGUGGAUGGAAUGGUGGUGGAGGCCACAGGUUGUGAAUCCAGUGGCUGGACCAUGGUAGACAAAGAUGUAGAGCUUGAACAAGGUACAGAAGCCCUGGAUUCAUUAAUGUCCACUGGCUCAUCUAAUACUGCGUCGUCCUCUGUUCCAGCGGGAGGGAAGAUGGGAGACACCGCACUUGUAUCGCAGUCCCCUACCUCUUCCUCUGGUGACGUUACAAGCAGUCUGGGCCCAGGUUUACGCAAUGUCAUGCUCCAAAGAAGUGGACCAGCUAAUAAAAAACACGGGGAGGGAAGUGUGACCACCUCCAAUGCUGAGGACGUCAAGAUCAUUCUUCCAGAGGGUUUCAGCCCCCUGCAACCUUUGGAAGAGCUGGAGAAGUUAAACAACUUUCUUGUGAAGAGUUUGCAUGCCCGAGUGUCGCAGCCACCUGAAGCUGGUGAAGCCACAAAUGAAGUUGAGUUGAUCGAAACCUCACCUUCUUUCACACAGCUCUACCAACGAGAUAUGCAGGCUCUUGGCGUACUCAUUGCAGAGAUAUUUUACUCCUCGAAAGUGAGAGGGUUGAUACCAGGUGCCCCCCUCAGACAACGUUUCUGUGCUGUUAUGGAAAUGUGCUCUUUUGGCCUCCGUGAUAUUCCACUCCCUUUACAUUACGCUCUUCAGAAACUGCUACUAAUGGAAAAGCACUCCCAAACAUAUCUUAAAGACGCAGGUCAUUGUCCACGUCCGCUUCUUUUUAACUACGAUGCCAUCUGUGAGGGCCUUCCGCCUCCAAACCCUGCCCAAUUACUGAAUACAUUCAUUACCCCAUUUCCAUUCCCUUCAUAUUUUGCAGCACUCCAUCGCUUUAUUGUUUCGUACCACGACAAGAUGGAGAGUGUGUGUAGCCUUCAAGGAAGAGAUGUGGUCUUUUAUUUGUGGCAGCAGUUAGAAAGGCUUUUGCGAACCAAUAUCACAGCCGAGGGCCUUGAGAUUCUCUUGCCCUUCAUUUUGGCCAUAAUGCUCGAGGAGUCCACGGCUGUCUAUGCAGCUUGGUACUUGUUUGAGCCAAUUUCAAGAGUCCUGGGUCCUAGAAACGCAAACAAGUUUCUUCUGAAGCCACUCGUCAGCGUUUAUGAAAACCCCCACUACCUGCGGGGACGUUUUUAUCUGUACACCGACUGCUUCGUUCUGCAGCUCAUCAUGAGGCUCGGCCUGCAGGCCUUUCUCUCCAACUUGCUCCCCCAUGUGCUGCAGGUCCUCACUGGUUUCGAAAGCUGUUCAUCUGGUUCUGCCGGAGAGAUCUGCAAAGGGAUGCGCAGUGGGACUUGUAACCUAGGAGAGGAAGAGGAAGAGGGCUUUCAGGCUGGUGAUGUGCGCUCCUCCUCUGGGUCAGUCAGCGGGAACAUAAGCGGUGGCAACGGGGCUAGUGGAGGUGUCGGUGCUGUGGGGGAAACUGGGCUGGUUGACUACUCCUCAGGCAUCAGUUUCAACGAACAGGUGUUUGUCUCGGAGUCGGAGGACUUUCAAAAUGAGUUCUACAUUAACAAUGGCGCAGGGUGCGACAGUGGGAAACAGCCAGGGCAGAACUCUACAGCGAAGGACCAAGACCAAGAGUCUUUGAGCAUGGGUAAACUUAGCGACAAAAGUAGUACAAGCGAACUCUCAUUAGGCGACGGGGACUCAAUGCGUGAUCGAGCUAGUCUCAAAUCGGCCGACAGCAGCCAGGAUCUCAAACAAGCCAGCGAGGGAGAAGAGGGCGGAGAGGUGAACGACGUGGAGAUGACGGAGGCCAGUGAUUGUAAACUGCAGGAAGACGAUCCUUCGACCCCCAAGUUGGAGCUGUCUUUCUCUGGUUGCACAGAAGAUUCAGGGGCUACUCUUACAAGUCUGGAAAAUGAGUUUGUGAACAGAAUGGUGCUGGAGGAAGCAGAGAAACAUAUCAUGGGGGAGCAGGAGGAAGAGGCAGAGCAUGAGCCAUCAGAAGACUCGCAGGAGAAAGAGCAGAAAAUUCUCUUAGAUACAGUCUGCAAAACAGUUCGCUGGCUCUCCGCCAAACUUGGACCGACUGUGACGUCUCGAUGCGUGGCCAGGAACUUGCUGAGACUACUCACAAAUUGUUACAUCGACCCCCAGAGCCACCAGUUUGUUACUCCUGGACCUGAAGAGACUAACCUAGAGAGCGUGGGAAUGGGCAGCGUGUAUGAGAAGAGACCUGUUGUGGGAGACGAGACAGCCGGACCCGUGUUAGACUGUCUCAUUUACAUCGCUCAGCUUUACGGAGAACCUGUACUCACGUAUCAGUACCUGCCCUAUAUAGGAUACCUGGUGUCUCCACCCUCUUCGCAGCGUCUCAACACGCGGAAGGAGGCCAGCCUGCUGGGUGCUGUUGCGCUGACCAAGAAGAUCAUCGUCUUUCUUUCCGAUACCACGCUCAUGGACAUGCUCAUGAAAAUUAACCAGGAUGUGCUUCUUCCGCUUCUGGACCUGCUUACCAACCCCCACAUGGGGUUCCCCAGCGGGGGGCAGUGUCGCACAGCCGUGUGUCUCAAGACACUCAGCCUGAUGGCCCUCAUCUGCCUUCGCAUUGGGAGGGAGAUGGUGCAGCAGCAUAUGGCGGACACGCUGCGCCAGUUCUUUGCCAUUUUCUCCUUGCUACAUUUCCUGCAGGCCCAGAUUGGAAGUGCCCCCCGCAGAGUUGUAGGAGAGGUGACGGUGGUGGACGUCAGGACGCCUACCAAGUCCAGUGAGACCUAUGAGUUGGCCGUCUUGGAGGAACUGCAAAGUGUGUUUAGCACAGAGAUGGCACAUGCUUCCUACAUCCCCUUUUACUGCCUCAUUGGUGAUGUCGCAAUCCGGAAACUGGUUCCCAACCAUGAACUGGUCUGGCAGCUGGCGUCUUCAUACCAUCAGAGUGUCAGUCAAGACUUCCCAGAAGCAAACGCCGUUUCAAGAGUAGACUUGCCUCCAGUCUCCAUGGGGGUCUCCUCUGAUUUUAGCAGGCCCCUGGGGAGCAGUGCUUUCCCCUCACCUUUAAGUAGCUCAACCACAUUUGGAGACCCACUCCCAGAGUCAGGAACCUUUGGGAGCCAUCUGGUAGGAAAUCGUAUCCAAGUGUCAAGGGAGUCCUAUCAUAGUGGUAGCCCUAAUAUUGGUUUGACCGGCUCUUGGGGACGCUCCAACCAUACCGUGCCCAGUAACAUUUCUGCCUCUGCUGCCACCACUUCAUCCAUCAGCACCGCACCCUUACAGUCCUCCUGGUUGACUGGACCUCCUCCAGAGGAUAGCGCGCUGAAACAGGAACUGGCUCGCAGUGGCCGUUCCUUGCAGGGCAACUGGCUGGCCUAUUGGCAGUACGAAAUCGGCCUCAACCAGCAAGAUCCUCAUUUCCACUUCCACCAGAUCCGUCUGCAGAGCUUCCUGGGUCACUCAGGCGCCACAAAGUGUUUGGCACCACUGGCGGGCGAGGAUUACUUCCUCUCUGGUGGUAAAGAUAAGACUGUGAAGCUCUGGCCCCUCUAUAAUCGCGGCGACGGGACACAGGAAGUGGAACCAAGGCUUACAUACACCGACCACCGCAAGUCCGUGUUCUAUGUUGGACAACUGGAAGCUUCGCAGGAGGUGGUCAGCUGUGAUGGAACCGUGCACCUGUGGGACCAGUUCACUGGGAAACAGAUCCGCUCAUCUGAAGCAGUGGAUGGGAAGAAUCCAAUUACAGCCGUCACCACCAUGCCUGCACCACACUGCAGCGUCGUGUUUGCAAGUGCAGAUGCCGUUCUCCGCUUCAUUGAUCCUCGCAAACCAGGACUGCAGCAUGAAUUUCGCCUGGUGUACAGCAACAUAAACACCGGUCUCAUCCGAUACUUGGCUGUUAGCCCUACAGGACGCACGGUUGCGGCGGGUUUCUCCUCUGGCGUCAUUGUUCUACUCGAUGCACGCACAGGCCUCGUUCUGAGGCGCUGGCCCGCUCACGAGGGAGAUAUCCUACAAAUGAAGGCCGGAGAGGGAAACCUGAUCGUCAGUUCGUCCUCGGACUACACCCUCGCCGUGUGGAAAGAUCCGGAGCAGAAACCCCUCCGCCAGUACAAGUCACCGUCCGACCCCAUUCACGCCUUCGACUUUUACGGCGCGGAGAUCGUGACCGGAACCAUGGCCAAUAAGAUCGGCAUCUACUCGGCGCCGGACAUCUCACUGAGCCCCGUGAGCAGCACCAAGCUGAGCUCCGAGAACUUCCGGGGAACCCUGACCAGCCUGGCCGUGCUGCCGACCAAGAGGCUCCUGCUGCUGGGCUCGGACAACGGCGCCGUCCGUUUGCUGGCCUGAUCAUGAGCCGCCCACCUACAUUUGAAAAUGCUCAUGCACAGUAAGUCGUGUACAUUUGUAAAAACAACUACUUUUGGACCUGCUAUGUUCUGCUCACAACACAUCAACCAAACUAGCUCAGGAAAGAAAAACAACAGACCUGCUUCUUUUGUAGUCUCUAUCCAAAUAGAUGUAUAUGCAGUGUUUCACCCAAAAUAAGUACACAAUUCACAUUUCAGCAACAAUUGUAUAUAUUUUUUUAUAUGGUGUCAAUGUUUAGUGUAAGCACCAAUGUCAUGUAGCACUGCCUUAACCCUCUGGAGCUUGGAACUCAUCAGCGCUCGACAGGUUGUUACUGGAAUCCUCCUCAAUGGUGACGUCCUACACCUUCUGCUUGAGGAUGCCUCACAGGUGCUCAGGUCUGUAGACUUAUUUGCAUCACCUUCCAGUGUGUGUGGGCUCCUGAGUUCUAUGGGGAGGACUUCUUGUUGCUUCAGUGUCAUAGUACAUGUUGGACCAGUGCUGGCAUUUAUGUCUAUGUCCCCUAAGAAUAUCUGAUCAAAUGGUUGCUAAAAUGUGAGGCGUGUAUUCACUUAUGUAAAAAAAACGUAACCAACACCAAAAAAAAAAAAAUCCAGCAACGCCAUCUUUUAUUUCCCUACGCCCGUGUCCAAUGCACUGACAAAACUAUGCAGAACUUGUGGUUAAAUUGUAUUUUUUGUUAGAAAAAUAAAAGCUAAGCUUUCCAGGGUGCUUUGGUGCAUCCCUAAAAAGUGGAGAUGCAUCAACAUUUUAUGCUGAUUGUUAUUGUUUUUGCAAUUUCCGAACAAUGUUGAGCAGUUUAGCAGCCCUGAGCUGUAGCGACAUUGAACUCGGAGCAUAAGGUCAGUCAAUGCCAAGGUCAACCGUUUUUGUACUUUUAACAUUUCUAUGAAAAUACACAAAUUGUUCAUUAAGGGUCAAUAAUUGUACAGAAAAUGCACAAAGGGGUUUUCACGCUAACAUGUGGCCCGGGUUUGACUUUAGUCAUGAUUUGUAUGUUCCUUUGAGCUGUGUGUUUCAUGCAUUUCUGAUGAUUUGCUCAACGCUCACAAUAAUGUUUUUAACUUUUUUCAUUUUCCUCAGCAACUGCUCAAUAAUCCAGCUCUGAUCAGCGAUGUUUUAAGCGUUCCAUUCGACCAUUUUAGCGGUCAAUGAUAACCUUUAUCAUUAGGAUAAAUAAAGAAAAUGUCUCCCA